GAAACUUUGCCUCUCACCCCGAGCGAAAGUCCCUCCUCUCCGCGUCAAGCCAAUGGCACGGCGGGGCCCCCAACUUUUCCGCCCCCAGGAGCUAUAAGAGCGUCCCGGGCUGGCCCUUUCCCCAGCUCCAAGGAGCCCUCGGGAGGGAGGGAGAGAGAAAGAGAGGAGAGAGAAAAAGAAAGAGAGGAAAGAGAGAGAGGAGGGGUUGUCUUCCUCCUCCUCCCGCCUCUUUGGCCGCUGUCUCCUGUGUCGGAUUUUCCGCCCAAAGAAAAGGGAUGGCCUCCUCCUCUGCCCCUGCUUAACUGAGUCGCACCGACUUUUGGGGCAAACGAGGGUCCGGGGCCGGGGGAAGGCUCUCCCCCUCCCUCGCCUCCCUCGCCCCCUCCAAAGGGCCCCUCCGUUUUCCGCGGGUUGGCCCCCGAGAUGAUGCAGCAGCAGCCGCCUCCUCCUCCUCCUCCUCCGCCGCCGCCGUCCCAGGACGAGUCCCGUUCUCCCGCCUCGCCCGCCGACGACAGCCUCAGCAACAGCGAGGAGGAGCCCGACCGGCAGCAGCAACAGCAGCUCCCCGGCAAGCGAGGGGCGCGCAAGAGGCGGUCCAGCCGCAGGAGCCUCGCUGGGAACGGAGCCGGAGAGGGAGCGGUCUCGGCGCAGGAGCCCUGCAGCCCGGCGCAAGGCAAGCGGGGCAAGAAGUGCGGCAGCGGGAGCGGCAGCGGCGGGGGAGGCGGGGGCGGCGGCAGCAGCAGCGGAGGGGGCAGCCCGCAGUCCUACGAGGAGCUCCAGACGCAGCGGGUGAUGGCCAACGUGCGGGAGCGGCAGCGCACGCAGUCGCUGAACGAGGCCUUCGCCGCGCUGCGCAAGAUCAUCCCCACGCUGCCCUCGGACAAGCUGAGCAAGAUCCAGACGCUCAAGCUGGCCGCCCGCUACAUCGACUUCCUCUACCAGGUCCUGCAGAGCGACGAGCUGGACUCCAAGAUGGCCAGCUGCAGCUAUGUGGCCCACGAGCGGCUCAGCUACGCCUUCUCCGUCUGGCGCAUGGAAGGCGCCUGGUCCAUGUCGGCCUCCCACUAGCCUCGCCCCACCGCCCCGCCAGAACCAGAUGACCUCGUUCCUCGAGGAGGAGAGAAAUGGACAAUCUAGAGACUCUACUUUUGGAUUCCGGGUGGCCCUUGGAGCCCUUUUUAUUUCCUAUCUCAAGCCCAAGAUUAUCUUCGAAAUGUGGAAGCUGCUCUUGGCCAAAAGCAGGGCGUGGGGAGAGCCUUUUGAUGCCUUUUGGGGCGAGAAAGACCCUUUUCGGACGGUGAGGUGGCUGCUCCAGAACCAAAAAAGAAUAAAGAUUGAGAGAGAAGGAGGCUGGGUGAGCCUACCAGACACAUCUCUGCAUUCUGAUCGAAAUCUGAACCGGUUUAUUUCUCUCUCUCUUUUUCUAUUUUGACGAAGAAUGUUGGAAUUUCACUUCUCCCCUCCCUUGACUUCCUUAAUUUUUGUGUUGUUCUUGCAUGCAUUCACCCCCAAGAGACCUUACGAGCCACUAGUGAAAGGAAAUACGUUCCUGUGGACUUUCCCCUUCUUUCAUAUACGAUGUUAUAUAUAAACAGAUCUAAGGACCACGAAAUCCGAAGAAGGAACGCCGCUGGGAGGAGAAAAAAAAGAGGGGAGGAAAAUAUUUUUUUUCAAAUUGUUUAGGAUAGUCAAACAUUAUCGACUCCUACUUUUUUUAAAUAUACGGAAACCUAAUCCCAUUCCUCUUUUGUUUUUAACCCUUUCUGGACAAACAAACCAAAAAAAAAAACUAUAUAGAAAAGAGGGAGGGCAAAAAAACCCAAAACACAACUGAAACAUUUUAUUUAUUUAUUGAUGACCCAUGUUACAAUGCAAAUAGAUCCGGUGUCUAAAUGCAUUCCUAUUUUUACAAUUGAUGUUUUUUUUUUGUAAAUAUCAUUGUAUAUUUUUUUUCUGCAAUAAAUAAAUGCAAACGUUAAA